AUGGCGUUGACCAAAGAUCUACAUCUUCCCAGUGACAAUGAAUUGACUGUUGAGCAGGAAAUCAAUCUGUCUACGCCAUGGCUCAAAGCUGUUGCUCCAUAUAUGGCCAAGCAUUGCGAAAAAGAAGCUAAUGAAUUCAUGCUUCGUCGCAAGGAAUUGGAAGAUCCACGUGCCGUAUUGAAGGAAGGAGCCGCUUUAACCGCCUGUGGCGUUAGCUUCCUUCAAUCGCUCAAGCGAACCUGCCUUCCACAAACUCAAAAGCUCGCCGAAUGCAUUGAUCAAAGCAGCUCGAAACUUUAUCUUGCUAAGUGCCAUCCAGAGCAAAAAGAGCUCGAUGCCUGCGUUGAAGCCAAUUUGAAUUUGACCCGACCAAAGUUGGGAUAUUUCAGCAAAUUGCAUGUUCACGAAUCCGCCGAGCCAGCUCCACAGGCACGUUUCCGUGACUACAAGGCCGAAGCCGCUAAAGUUCUCUCUGAGCUCCCAGCCGAUUAUCAUUAUCGCAAGGACUACAGAAAGUACAACGACUGGCGAUACAAUAUUUCUGAGAGCUAA